CGACUGUUAGGAAAGACUAUGGAGUGAGCUCCCUGUUCUCAGGAACCACUUGGCUGUGUAUCACCUAAGCACACUCCACGUUCUGAAUCCCCUGGGCCAUCCUGUCCUGCGGAAGCCCCUCCGAUCUUGCUGAGGUAAACUGGCCUCUUUCUCCUCAGGAACCACAUUUCUCUAGUAUGCUGCCUUCCGGGGGACCCGACAGAGAGGGGCAGGUUCUGGAGGGCCCGCGAAGGUGGCCCCAGUGUCCUGCCAUCACCGUGGCAGGCGUGCGCCCCGCUGAGGGGGAGGGCGGGCUCGCGCCCCGUUGGCCACCACGCGGCGGGAACUCGAGGCCUCAUUGGCCGCACCGGAGGGCGUGCGGGGACUCGUGCGCCAACGGUCCGGGCCUCGGCGGCCGGGCGCUGGCAGGAGGGGGCAGGGCGCAGCGAAGGCCCGGGGGAUCGAGAACGGUGGGAGAGCCAGGCUCGGCGGGGCGAGGCCCAGGGCCGGGGCGGGCGAUGGAGGAGGCGCUGCUGUCCACCCCCAUCAACCCCAACAACUUCCCCGCCAAGCUGUGGCGGCUGGUGAACAGCCCUCGGUACCGCUCCAUCCGCUGGGACGGCCGUGGCGAGGGGCUGCUCAUUGACCAGCCGCUCUUCGAGGCCGAGCUGCUUAGCCCGCCGGGCCCGGGGGCCGGGGGCGCGGGAGGAGCCGGGAGCAGCGGCGGGGGUGGCGGCAGCGGCGUCGGGGCGGCCGGGGCCGAGCCCGAGCUCUUCAAAACCACCAACUUCACCAGCUUCAUCCGCCAGCUCAACCUCUACGGCUUCCGCAAGGUGGUGCUGGGUGGGCCGGGGGCGGCGGGGCCCGGGCCAGGGCCUGGGGCUGGCGGGCCGGCGGGCGACGGGCCACUCCACCACUUCCACAGCCCGCACUUCCGUCGCGACCAGCCUCAACUGCUCGUUCACCUCAAGAGGCUCACCAGCGCCAACAAGGCCAAGCUGGCGGCCGGACUGGAGGUGCCCUGCCGCCCGCCCAACCGCUUCCAGCGGCUCCUCAUCACGUCAGCAUCCGCUUCUGCCUCAGCAUCCACCUCCCCGUUGCAGCAUCAGGACCCGCCGCCCCAGCCCGCAGGGCCCCGGCCAGAGCAGCAUGGACCAGUGGCUGUAGGACAAUUCCACCGGUCAUUCCGGCGAGAUAAUUUGUCUCCUUACUCCUACGUAUCAACUUCUUCCCACAACCACAGCACUUUCCCUCUGAAAGGUUUAGAUCGAACCCCGAUUCCUCCUAGAACAUGGCAGAACUCCCUUGGAAUGCACCCUGGACAAGUGGAGACAUCUCCCACUUUUUCAGAAAAAGGGGUUCCAUUUCCUGUACUGCAGAGAUUUCCAACUGAGGUUACUUAUACGCUGCAGCCCAGCGCCACAUCUGUACACGUUCAACAAGGUCCUCAAACAAUGGUCAGCUCCUCCCAAAAAUAUAGCAACUACACACCCUCGGCGCAGUACUCCCAAGCCUACUAUCCAACAGCUGUGCUACAGUGCUGUUCUCCUUCCACGCACAUGGAUGCCCUAAGUAGCUGUGUCACUCCUACUGCCUCUUCCUAUGCACACUGUAACUACUUCCAGAAUCCUCCAAUGCAAUCUUCCUAUCCAGUUGAAUUUCUGCCUUCUAAUUGGCCUUGCAGUGCUACUGAUGAAAAUAAAAAGACAGAAGUAAAUCUAGAGGCUGUCUUUCAAAUAGUAGAUGAGUUGCAUUCCUCCCCUAAAUUGGAGAUGGUAAAGGUGGAGCCUGUUGAGAAUCAGUGUCCAUCAUCUCAGUCUAACAGAGGCCAACAUAUCUUACCUAACUCAAACAACAGCAAUCCAUCUUCCACAAGUCAGGCUAGCCAACUGGAGCCACUUACUCCUGUAGGCUCAGAUAUUACGUCUUUUGUGGUUGGAACAGAACAAGCAAUUACCUGCUCUCUACCACAGUCACCUGAGUACAUCUAUACCAUCCACACAGCUCAACCUUUGGAAAAUAGCACAAUGCAGGAAUCUGCAACCAUCCAGCAAACUCAUGUCAAACUGAAGGAGCAGCUAAAUCAUAAUCCAUCUCCAUCUUCAGUAGUAUUUGUGCAGGAAGGGCUACCGUUCAGCACACAACAGGUGGAUAGCAGUAUAAAAUGCCAGACCAAUCCACAGGAGAAUAUCUUGCCUUCAGAACAAAUGGGAUUCCUUAUUUCAGAAAUGGGGCCUGCUAGCAAGCCUAGUAAAGACACAGGCUUAUCCACUCCAGCCAGAUACAGAGAGCGGAGAAGCAACUCACGAGGAAAGUCCCCUGAUCUUCAUCUGCUGGUGGACGUGGCCUGCAAGCAGGAGCAUUUUCCAAAGGAGGAAGAAUUAAAAGAAUUCCUUUCAAAUGAAAAGUCCUGGCCUUCAAGAAGCAUCUAAAAUCUGCUGUGUGGAUGGCACUGGAGCGGUGUGUGUGCUGAUUUAGGAUGCCAUUUUGAACUGUAGUCAGCACAAUGUCGUCUGUCUCAAGUCACAGUGUGAUCCUUUAGGGAAGAUGGUGUCAUAAACAAAGACAUGUGAGGUCACCAAUAUCACAAGUCCAAGCGGGUCAGGAACUCCAGGGAGGAAGUUCUGGAAAAGUGUCAUGUUCUAAGCGGUUAAUGAAGAACUUCUCUUGUUUCUGAACCCCAUGUCCUGUUUCAGGAGCAAGGCACCGGACUUGGCGUGUCCAUCACACUGACAGCCUCUUGUUCUUUAAUAUUCAUGGGAGCGUUUUUUCCAUUUUCAUGUCUUUCCUUAAUUUGAAUGAUAAAUUAUCAUAAAUAGUAAGAAAAUUUUGUUAAUAUCACUUACAUAAAUGUCUUCUAAAGAAAAAUAUUUAAUUUGUUAAUUAUAUUUAUAAAUGCUGAUAGAUUUAAAAAUUUUAAAGCUUUGUAUUUUUUAUUAACAUUGCAGAAUAGAAGGAUUAAAGGGUACAUGUGUAAUUUUGUUUUUGAAGGGUAAAUGUACAAUAUGUGAACAAAAACACUGAGGUUUAACACAGUGUUUUCAUGUUUUAGAUUUUUACAUUCAGCAAUUAUAAAUUCUUAUCUAUAGAAGGUAUUGUGUGCAAAUUUGGGGGGAAAUUGUUUCAUUGUCAUUUACCAGAAACUAUGCUUUAAUUUUUAAGAAGCAGUUUAUAUUUGAAAUAUUAAAUGGCUUAAGUUUCUGAGACUUUUGGAUAGUGGGAUAGACUGUCACCAUUUUUUUCUUCCCCCCUGUAGGACCAUACAUUUGAGUAGUAGGAUUGUGGGACUGUUUUAAAGGAGAGGAGGGACAUUUUGGAUGUCCAGUUUCUGUAGUUGAUCCAUGUCUACCAAAUGACAGCAAGAACUUUUCUGAUUUGAGGUAUUUUGACUAGAACUUUGUUGUCGGAUCUGCCUCAGUUUUCCCAAUAAGCUGCAGAAACAAAAGGAAAGCCUGUGAAUUUAAAGCUAAUGAACAAGAAGCAGCGCUUAAUAGUGGCAUAGGCACUGUGUUUGCCAUUGUGGGUUUGCAGUCCAUUUCUUGCUUUGCACUGUGCCUUUGCAAUGUUAUCAGACCUGGAUGCAUUACAGAGCUCUAGCUGUUUUGGAAAGGGUAAGCUCUGUAUUGUUCUACAGCAACUCAGUUUACAUUGAAAGUAGGUUUUGAUCCAUCUAACUAGACUAGCUGGUGCUCAUUUUUUGGGCACUUAUUCAUCCUUAUUAGUAAGGCUUGAAAGAUGAACUGAUUAUCAAGCGAUCCACAUCUCAUAUCCAUGCCAAAUAUCUUGGCAAAGUAUGUGAAAAGGAGACCAGUUUCCUAAUGUAGGAACUUUGCCUUUCUCUGUCACAUUGAAGAGCUGGUAAGCUGUGUAGGUGAUAUUUCCUCCCCUCAAAAUGCCUUUCUUAGCCUUAUGUGUAUUAAAAGAGAUAAUACCUUAUGAGGAACACGUGUCAAGCAGGAACCUUGGCACAGACAUGGUUUCAGUGGUUUUAAGGCUUGAUCAAUGAAAUGCCUUGAUCAGCUUUCCAAACAUUUUUAUAUAUGAAUACACCAGACAAAGGAGCUGGAUCUCCUGCUCUACUCACAUGCCUGGAACCCAUCUCCUAAAGCUAUCAUCAGUGACUUGUGCAAAUGGCAGCAGUAAAGUGAAAUCUGCACGUGAAUUAGCCAGCAGAGCCUGACACAUAACUAAGAAAGUUCCCGUCUAGCACCCCAGUAAUUCAGCACCUUAAGCACCAAUCAGUUUCAAUCCGUCAACAAUAAAGUGAAUAUUCCAACUA